AUGGCGUCACCACAGCCUCCCGCUCCGUUUGGGAGUAGUGCCGUAUCACAGACAACGGCGCGUCAGAUGAAUCAGCGCCUCGAGGAAUACACGAGUGAGGAAGGAUCGCAAAAGGAUAGUGCCGGUGAUAUCGACGACUCAGCAACCCCCGUCACGGCCGAGGACACCGAAAAUAUCCGACAUAAAGAAAUCACGGCGCUGGCCCGGACCUUAUCCCAGCUGUCCAACAAAGGCUAUGCGGAAAAGGACGCACCCCACCAUGAGGGGAUCAACACUUUCCUAGAAACGGACCAGAACCCUGAACUCAACCCCAAUGAUGCGGAUAAUUUCAACUCGCGCAAGUGGGCCAAGAACUUUCUCCAGAUGACCUCGCGUGAUCCAGACCGGUACCCGCGUCGCACGGCAGGUGUCUCGUUUCGCAACCUCAACGUUUUCGGGUAUGGCACGGCGGCGGAUUACCAGACCAACUUUGGCAAUGCUUGGCUGAAGAUGGCGAGUUGGGUCCAGGGCCAGUUGGGUCUGCGUGAGAAGAAGCGCAUUGAUAUCCUGAGAAACUUUGAGGGAAUCGUGAAUGAGGGUGAGAUGUUGGUGGUUCUCGGUCGUCCUGGCAGUGGAUGCUCCACUUUCUUGCGAACCAUCGCUGGUGAAACUCAUGGUCUGUUCCUCGCUGAGGGAUCCGAUAUCGAAUACGAGGGUAUCUCGUGGGAUCACAUGCAUGGACGCUUCCGUGGUGAAGUGAUCUACCAGGCAGAAACAGAGAUUCACUUCCCUAUGUUGACUGCAGGAGAGACCCUCCUGUUCGCGGCCCAAGCUCGCGCCCCAAGCAAUCGCCUUCCGGGAGUCACCCGUGACCAGUACGCAGAGCACAUGCGUGAUGUAGUGAUGGCCAUGCUUGGCCUGACCCACACCAUGAAUACCAAGGUUGGCAAUGAGUUUAUUCGUGGUGUGUCCGGAGGCGAGCGCAAGCGUGUGAGUAUUGCGGAAACUACACUCUGCGGCAGCCCCCUGCAGUGUUGGGACAACAGUACUCGUGGUCUGGAUAGCUCAACUGCCCUAGAAUUUGUCAAGAACAUCCGCUUGUCCGCCGAAUACAGCGGAUCCACUGCUGUUGUGGCUAUCUAUCAGGCCAGUCAGUCGAUUUAUGACAUCUUCGACAAAGCCAUUGUGCUGUAUGAGGGCCGCCAGAUUUACUUUGGCAGAGCUGACGAUGCUCGGCGCUUCUUCGUCGACAUGGGCUUCUACUGCCCUGAUCGCCAAACCACUGCAGACUUCCUGACAUCGCUGACUAGUCCAUCGGAACGCCGCGUUCGAGACGGUUUCGAGGGUCUUGUGCCACGCACUCCCGAUGAGUUUGCAGCCCGUUGGCGAGAUAGCUCUGAGCGAAAGCAGCUCUUGCAGGAAAUCCAGGACAGCCGUGACCAUCAUCCAGUCGAUGGAGAAAAGUUUGAAUCCUUCAACCGCUCUCGGGCCGCAGAGAAGGCAAAAGGCACUCGUGCCCAAUCACCGUACACCCUCUCGUAUGCCAUGCAGGUCAAGCUUUGCCUGUGGCGUGGAUUCCUGCGGCUCAAGGGUGAUAUGAGCAUGACUAUUGCGUCGGUCAUUGGUAACACCAUCAUGGGUAUUAUUAUCUCCACUGUGUUCACCAACCUACCAAACAACACCGGUAGCUUCUUCCAGCGCGGUGCCUUGCUCUUCUUUGCGAUUUUGUUGAACGCAUUUGCCAGCUCCCUGGAAAUUUUGACCCUCUGGCAACAGCGGCCCAUCGUUGAGAAGCACUACAAAUAUGCGUUGUACCAUCCUUCCGCGGAGGCUAUCAGCUCGUACAUCGUGGAGAUGCCUUCCAAGGUUCUUGUUGCGGUCACGUUCAACAUCAUCAUUUACUUCAUCCCGCAUCUCCGUCGCACUGCAGGCCACUUCUUCGUCUUCUGGCUCUUCUCUUUCACCACUACGCUGGUGAUGUCCAACCUCUUCCGCACGAUCGGCGCAAGUUCUCGUUCCAUGGCCCAAGCAAUGGUGCCAUCGUCGAUUUUCAUGAUGAUUCUGGUGAUCUACACCGGUUUCACGAUUCCAGUCAGAGACAUGCACCCAUGGUUCCGUUGGCUCAACUAUUUGAAUCCAAUUGCGUAUGCUUUUGAAUCCCUCAUGAUCAACGAGUUCAGUGGGCGACGGUUCCCUUGCUCCGACUAUGUUCCCGGUGGCCCCCUGUACUCCAACGCCCCUCUCAGCUCCAAGGUUUGCUCACAGAAAGGUGCUAUUGCUGGCCAGGAUUUCAUCGACGGUGAUGCUUACAUCAAUACCACCUUCCACUACUACAAGUCCCAUCUGUGGCGAAACUUCGGUAUUCUUUGUGCCUUUUUCAUUGCCUUCCUUAUCGCCUACAUCGUCUCCAGUGAGUACAUCCGUGCUCAGCCAUCCAAGGGUGAGAUCCUGGUCUUCCCUCGUGGCAAGAUUCCGGCCUUUGCAAAAAAGACUCGCCAAGACGACGACCCCGAAGAAGCGGCACAGGGAGAGAAACAACAAGUGGUGGGAGAAGCUCAGGACCUGGCUGUUCGAAGUGCUGCCCUUGCCAAGCAAACUGCCAUUUUCCACUGGGAGAAUGUCUGCUACGAUAUCAAGAUCAAGAAAAAGCCUCGCCGGAUUCUUGACAGUGUGGAUGGAUGGGUCAAGCCUGGAACACUCACUGCUCUGAUGGGUGUAACCGGUGCAGGUAAAACUUCCUUGCUGGAUGUGCUCGCAAACCGAAUUACCAUGGGUGUCAUCACCGGAGAGAUGCUGGUUGAUGGUCGUCCUCGGGAUGGCUCUUUCCAACGAAAGACUGGCUACGUUCAACAGCAGGAUUUGCACCUAGAGACCAGCACUGUUCGCGAGGCCCUCGUUUUCAGUGCACUUCUUCGCCAACCACACAGUACUCCACGCCAGGAGAAGCUUGCCUAUGUGGAAGAGGUCAUCCGAAUGCUAGAGAUGGAGGCUUACGCAGAGGCUGUUGUGGGUGUCUUAGGUACUGGCCUGAACGUCGAGCAACGUAAACGCCUGACCAUCGGUGUGGAGCUCGCUGCUAAGCCGGAUCUGCUACUGUUCUUUGAUGAGCCAACCUCGGGUCUUGACAGUCAAACCGCUUGGUCAAUUUGCAGCUUGAUGCGGAAAUUGGCAGACCAUGGACAAGCCGUCCUUUGCACCAUUCACCAGCCUUCUGCCAUGCUGAUGCAGCAGUUUGAUCGACUGUUGUUCCUGGCCAAAGGUGGCCGGACGGUGUACUUCGGAGAUCUUGGCGAGAAUAUGGAGACACUGAUCAAGUACUUUGAGGACAAGGGAUCGAUCAAGUGUCCCGAGAAUGCCAAUCCUGCAGAGUGGAUGCUCGAGGUUAUUGGCGCUGCCCCCGGGUCUCAUGCGGACCGUGACUGGGCAGAAGUCUGGACCAACAGUUCUGAGCGAGCUCAAGUUCGAGAAGAAUUAGAAGUGAUGAAGUCCGAGCUGUCACGGAAGCCGGUACCCGAAGCGACGGCUGGAUACGGCGAGUUCGCGACACCCAUUUGGUACCAGUUCCUCGUUUGCAUCCAACGCAUGUUCCAGCAGUACUACCGCAGUCCUGGCUACCUGUAUUCGAAGACCGCCAUGUGUGUCUUUCCGCCAAUUUUCAUCGGGUUCACCUUCUGGCGUAUGCCAAACACGCUUCAGGGGUUGCAGAACCAGAUGUUUGCCAUCUUCAUGCUGCUGAUUAUCUUCCCGAAUCUGGUCCAGCAGAUGAUGCCCAGCUUUGUAACUCAGCGAGCACUGUAUGAGGUGCGCGAGCGGCCUUCCAAGGCAUAUUCGUGGAAGGCAUUCAUGCUGGCCAGUAUCUUCGUGGAACUGCCCUGGAACAUUCUCAUGUCGGUACCCGUGUACUUCUCUUGGUACUAUCCGAUUGGACUUUACCGCAAUGCGCCGCCUGGCGAGGUGACAUCACGUGGUGGCACGAUGUUCUUGUUAAUCCUCAUCUUCUUGAUGUUCACCUCGACCUUCAGUUCGAUGAUGAUUGCAGGAAUUGAGCAGCCGGAGACUGGUAGUAAUCUGGCACAGUUGCUGUUCUCUCUGUGCUUGGUGUUUAACGGUGUCCUGGCGAGUCCGUCGGCGUUGCCACGCUUCUGGAUUUUCAUGUACCGGGUAUCGCCGUUUACGUAUCUCGUGUCGGCGGUGCUCUCAACGGGAUUAUCCGGUGGCACUGCUGAAUGCUCCAGCAUUGAGCUUCUCAAGGUCGACCCGCCCAGUGGUCAGAACUGCUCUGCUUACCUGAGUCAGUAUGUCGACCUGUACCAGGCGAACUUGCUGAACCCGGAGGCGACCUCGGGUUGUCAGAUUUGCUCGAUCCGGUCCACGGACGCCUUCCUGGCUCAGUUGAGCAUCAAGUUCUCCGACCACUGGCGGAACGUGGGGUUGUUGUUUGUGUACGUGGGCUUCAACAUUGUGAUGGCCCUCUUGCUGUACUGGCUGAUCCGCGUGCCAAAGAAGUGGUCGCGUAAGGUGAAGACGGAGUGA